ACAAAACAGAUGAUUUUUUACAACACUGACGAGAAUAAAGAAACAGUGGUUGAUCAAAAAACUAUUAUUCAAAUCAUCGCUCAUAAAGAUUUUAGGUAUCAGAUGGCUGGACCUGAUUCAAUUAAGAAUGUCUAUAUAUUCUCUGGAAGUGAGAAUGAUCUAUCCCUAUCCCGAACCUACCAAGUAAACCUACUUUGCAACUAUGACAUGAUGUACUAUCCCUUCGAUUCUCAAGUCUGUUAUAUUGAAAUGAUCACAAAAGGAAACAACGAUCAUCUUGUUGACCUAGUUCCUCAUCAACUUGAUUUCCUUGGACCCCAGGAGCUUAGUCAGUAUUUUGUUCGAGGAUUUCAACAAUGCAACUCUGUUCAAAGAGGAAAAAAGAGUCUCCGAGUGGAAGUGCUGUUGGGAAGACGACUUUUAGGAAAUGCACUAACAGUAUUCCUACCAACAGCUUUACUCACAGUUAUAGGUCAUUUGACGAACUACUUUAAGCCCUUCUUUUUUGAAGCUGUUAUAUCCGUCAAUCUCACCGUUAUGCUGGUUCUAGCAACAAUGUUUCUAAGUGUAUCCGCCACCCUACCAGCCACCUCCUACGUGAAGAUGGUAGAUAUCUGGAUGCUCUUCAACCUGUUCAUUCCCUUUAUAGAGGUUUUUCUUCACACGUACAUUGAUCAGCUGAGGGAUGAUGAGGGGGAGGUGAAAGAAGUUAAUUCUCAUGGAAAAUCAAGGAAAAUUGAACCAAUAACAACUAUUCAGGUUGUCAAGGAGAAACUGGUUUCUAUAAAUGAAAUGAUUCAGCAGGACGCGCUUAGGGAACACUAUAACAGGAAGAAUAUCAACCAGAAAAAGCUCAAGUUUGCUUCGAUGAUUUCACUGAGACUAACUCCAACAAUUGCAGCCAUCUUCUUCGGAACAUUCUGGAUCUUUGGUUUAUCUUUAUAUUUCUUCCCAAGGGAACUAGGGGCUAUUAACCCAACCUGUAAUUAAGGAUUUGGCUGGAUCGGAAUCCAUCCGAAAAAAGGAUAUUUGACAUUAAAAACAAGAUUUACGUUCACUGGAGACAAUGAGGUCGGAAUGACGGCUGUCAAUCAAACCCGGCCAUCUGAAUCCCUAUGUAGUUUUUUCUUAAUGGUCAAAUAGUUAAAUUCAACAAAAAAGUGUUGUACUUGAAAAACGUUUCUUCUUCUUACUCUAUUUAUUUAUCUGUUUGUUGUCUAUUUGUUUUUAUGUACUGCAUCAUU